CACUAACAGGCCCACAGCCAAUUAGCUACAAAGUGGGCCUCCCUGAAUCGUCACUCCAAAACACGAAGUUCAGGGUCGGAGCAGGAGCAGGAGAGGAACAAUGGAAGCUGCCCAGCUUACAUGCCUGUUUCUCCUACUUCUUUUCACAUGUGAGCUGCUGCCAGAAGUUCUUGCAGAAGUUGAGAAAUCCUCAGAUGGUCCUGGUGCUACCCAGGAACCCACGUGGCUCACAGAUGUCCCAGCUGCCAUGGAAUUCAUCGCUGCUGCCGAGGUGGCUGUCCUAGGCUUCUUCCAGGAUUUAGAGAUACCAGCAGUGUCUGUAUUCCGCAGCAUGGUACAGACAUAUCCAGACGUGUCAUUUGGAAUCAGCACUGACUCUGAGGUCCUAACCCACUACAACAUCUCUGGGAACAGCAUCUCCCUCUUCCGUCUUGUGGAUAAUGAACAACUGGAUUUAGAGGGAGAAGACAUUGAAAGCAUUGAUGCCACCAAAUUAAGCCAUUUCAUUGAGAUCAACAGCCUCUACUUGGUGACAGAGUACAACCCUGCGACUGUGAUUGGCCUGUUUAACAGCGUGAUUCAGAUUCAUCUCCUCCUGCUGAUGAGCAAGGCCUCCCCAGAGUACGAAGAGAGCAUGCACAGAUACCAGAAGGCAGCGCAGCUCUUCCAGGGAAAGAUUCUCUUUAUUCUGGUGGACAGCGGUCUGCAGGAAAAUGGGAAGGUGAUAUCGUUUUUCAAACUAAACAAGUCUCAACUGCCAGCUUUGGCAAUCUACCGCACUCUGGAUGACCAGUGGGACUCACUGCCCAUAGCAGAAGUCUCAGUAGAGCACGUGCAAAACUUUUGCAAUGGAUUCCUCCAAGGGAAAUUGUUGAGAGAAAAUCGUGAAUCAGAAGGAAAGACUCCAAAGGUGGAACUCUGAUUUUCCCUGAUACGUGUGCAUAUCGCCAAGUAUCCACUUUAUGCUGAAUCAAAGGGGGCAACUCAGACCUCAGAGACACUGAGCAAUAGGGUCGCCAGGUUUGCCGACCACACACACACACACACACACACUCACCCCUCCAUUUUGUUCCUUAAAAUCUCAUUUAGUCUCCUUCUUUCUAUUAAAUUUCCUAUACUCUCUCACUCCCCACCCACGUUCCCAUUAUGCAUUCAUACUGUGUAGGACCACCUAUAAUACCACUAGAUCUAGGCUCUAAGAGAAAUAUUGCUCUGAGAAGGAGAGGCAUCCUUAGAGAGAUUGUCCUGAUGGGUCAUUUAAUACUGAGUGAGUACGCUGCACAUGACUUACACACAGCUUAGUUUCUGCUCCUUUAGGGCUACCUAAGGGGUGAAACUCUACCAUCCUUCACAAGCACAUGUUCCUCUCCGACUCAGGGCCAAGAACAAAAAGAUGGUUUUAAACACCUUUCUGAAAUCGUCUUUUUGCCAGAAGUUAAAUGAUGUCUCCAGGUCUCUGAAUCAGCAGAAGCAGACCAUGUAAAAACUCUGUGCUGGUCUAGCGUUUCCAACUCCCCAUGUGAAUCAACAACCCGCAUAAUAAAUAAAAGGCAAUAAUGUUACAGGA